CGAAAUCGAUUUUAUCCCCUUUCAUAAACCUCAAAUCCCUAAAUUUCAAUUCUUUGAGCUUUCAAUCUCUCACUUCAUCGUUCCCAAUUUUAAUUUCUUUGAGCUUUCAAUCUCAAUCUUCAUCGAAUUCUCGAGAGUGAGCUCAAGAAAUGAGUUGCAGUUCUGGGAAUUCUUGUGUUAAAGACGGUGGAUGUGGCUUCUGUGGGUUUCCUUCGAAGUGUCAUUGCGGGCUAGACGUCGUCAUCUAUACAUCGGCGACGAAGCAGAACCCUGGAAGACCUUUCUUCCGUUGUCCAACCAAACAAGAUGAUCAUUUGUUUAAAUGGGUCGAAGAUGGUGUAUACGAGGAGGUUGUUGAUGCUCUUCCAAAAUUCUCAAUCAUUGACAGCCAAAUAGAGAAUGCCAAAUCUGAAGUUGCUGUCGAGAUUGAAGAGUUAAAGGUCAUGAUCAAAGAAUUGAAGGACGAAGGAAUGUGGAGCAAAAGGGAAAUAAAGAAAUGGAAAACGAUGAUCAAAGUGUGUUUAGUGAGCCUUUGUGUUGUUGUCAUUGUCUUUGUUAUCCUACUGUUUGGUGUUGGAGACAAAAGACAUAAGUUAGUUCUUGGUUACUAGGUGUGCAUUAGUGUCUUAUUUGGUUUGUGUCUUUGUCUUUGGUCUUGGUUCAUGUUUCUCUUGUUUGUGGCUUCUCUUGUUUUAGUUUUGUGUUGUGUCUUGUUUGUGUCGUGUCUUGUAUGAGUUUGUAUCUUUUGCAAUGAAAUGGUAUUUCUGAAAA